GUUUCAUUUUUUUCUUUAGAUACAAUAUAAAAUAUAAAAUAUAUUUCUAUCAAGUUAGUACGAGAGUUUAUCGUUCUGUUUGGAAAAGAGUUGCAAGAUUGUAAAAAUUGCGUUUCUACGAAAAGUGAUGAUGAUCGGCGACGCGAUAACUCGAGCGUCUAUAUCGUACGAGCAUUCGCACCUAAGUGCGAAACAAGUGCAUUUGUAGAUUUAGUGAAAUGAUUUGUGAGAGCAAUAAAAUGUUGUCAAUUCUACGAAACAGAACAAUAUUUCUGACAAUGCUGUAUCAAUUGUAUUGAUACAGUAAAUUAUUGCGCAAAUAUUGAUACAGAUGCUAGUUGGAAUUUUUUAAUCGAGGAGAAGGCUAUAUGACUAUUUACUGACCGUCGUUGUAUCAAAUGCUUUUGUGGCAAAUUGUGUAUGCUGCAUUUAUACAUAUUAUUAAAAAAAAAAGAAAAUAUAAAAAAGAUAUCAAUAGCACCCACUAUUCCGUCCAAAUAAGUUUACACGGAUUAACAUGCAUCCAUACAAAAUUAAUUAAAAAUUAAAAUAUGAUACUUUCUGUAUUGAAUAUUUGGAAAUUACGAAGAAAAAAACUACUACAAAGAGAUAACACACAACAAAAAUAGUUAUAAAAAUAUGAUACUUGAAACAAUAAUGUUAGUAAUCAGUUAAUUGCAGCUAAGUAACACUUAUAUGCACACUAAUUUACUAAUAUAAGAUAUUAUUAUCAUUUACCGCAUGCUUGACUUUGCAUAAAGCGUUCGAAGCCACAUAAUACAAAAUAAAUAACAUUUGAAACAACGAUUUGCGGUUAUUUAUUGCAAAUUACCGAUAUCCGUUUUAUGUAGAUGCUUUGCCCAGAAUCGAGACGUAAAUACAUACAUAUAUGUAUAUAUCUUUGUCGUACGCGUAUAAAAGCCAGUCCAAGGAAACAAGAUUGUAGUGAUCUCGUUUUUCUCAGUCUCUAGCGAUAAAAAGAGACAGGACGGUUGAAGACGCCAACAAGGUGUGCCCUUCGUUUCCUAAUCUAAAUGACGACGAUGAUCAUUUCGUACUGGACAUGGACUCAUUGGUCACGUUGAAAACUAAUGCCUUGACCACGCGUAGUUACGAACCUCCCCGAAAAAAGUGUUACUUUGGUGAUGAAAAUAAUGAAAUUGAUGGUACCGGUUGGUCUGAUAAACCUAUUAGAAACUGGUGUCAAGAAGAAACAAUAAACUGGUUGAUGUCUGCGGCAUCUUAUAUCGGACAACCGUAUAGUCUGAUACAACAUAGUCUUGCGGUACCAGGAAACGAGUUGGUCACCUUUACCAGAGACGAUUUUAUCAACCAUGAUCCUAUGUACGGAGAUCGACUCUAUGACCUACUCCACUCUCAGCAUAUCUCGAAUAUACUUCCACCAUUUAAUACCAUCCAUCCUCAUUCCGAAGACGAAUAUGCGCGAAUUAAUUCCAACAGUACAUCAGACGCAGAAUCAGAUAAUAAUAGUAUUGAUUACCAAACUACCAAACGGCCACCAGGGAGACCAAGAGUAUUAAAACCAAAAAAAAAUUCUACUAGCCAGGGAAAGCUUUGGGAAUUCAUCAGGGACCUCUUACGUAAUCGAGAAACGUGUCCAAGUUUAAUCUGUUGGGAAGAUUAUUCUCAAGCGAAAUUUCGGUUCGUUAAAAGCGACGAGGUCGCGAAACGAUGGGGUUCAAGAAAAGGAAACACAAAAAUGACAUACGAGAAACUGAGUCGAGCAAUGAGGUACUAUUAUAAAAGCAAAAUUUUUCAACCUGUACUCGGUCGAAGAUUAGUGUAUCAAUUUGGACCAAAUGCAAAGGGUUGGCAAACUGAUAAUCCAAACUUCCGAUAUUAAAAGUUUAGGAUUGCAUUUGUUAUAAAAAUUGUACAAAAAAGUAAAAGUAACGUUUGUGACCUAUUGUGAAUUUCGCUCACAGGAUGUAUCUUAAAAUUGCUUUAAAAAGAUAACGUUUCUACAAUUAGAGAUUUGUCAAUGUAUAUUUUGAUAUUGAAAAAGGAAGUGAAAGUAUUUUGUUAAUUGAAUCGAAACGUUUGAGCAUCAACUUGCAAUCGAUAAUCUAAAUAAAAGACUAAGAAGAAAGGAUCUAGUAUUAUAGAUGAUACAUACUGACUAGAUUUAAAUAACGUAAAAAACAGUAUAAAUGAAAAAAAUGUCGAGGUUUUUAUAUGUAUGACUGAAUUUAUAGAAAUACGUGAUAGCAAAAUGUGAAUAUGAAAUAAUUUAAACUUGUAAGAUUUUUUCAAUUUAUUUGAUUUUAAGUAUUAGCGUAAUAGAUUACUUAUGUAAAAGUACACAUAUUAUAAUCAAGGAAGGCAAUAAUUCCUCCUGACUUACAAUCAAAUAAAUUUACUAUUACUUAUUUUUUUA